AUGUCCAGCCACACACUCACAGCCUUCUGCUACUCUACGGAGCAGCACCGCUUCACCCAAAAGACAACCGAGAGAGUUCUGGGCCAUCGCGAGGUCGUCGUGAAAACAACACACUCAGGGCUAUGCUACACCGAUGUGCACGCAAAAGAAAAGGGUUGUGGAUUGGGUCACGAGGGCGUUGGGCAUGUUCAGGAGCUUGGGUCUGCCGUGACAAGCCUUAAGGUCGGCGAUCGAGUUGGUUGGGGAUGGCUGCACAGCUCAUGUGGUCAUUGCACAACUUGUCUGUCCGGCUACCGACAGUAUUGCUCUGAGGCACGCGGCUUCGCGUUUUCCGACCUGGGCCAGGGCGCCUUUGGCGAUUACCGGAUCAUCGAUGCCGAGUUUGUCUACAAGAUUCCAGACGCUAUCACGUCAAUAGACGCUGGGCCCUUCAUGUGUGCUGGUGCGUCAGUGUAUGAGGCUCUGGACGCUGCGUCCACGAAGCCUAGCGACAGGGUCGGUGUAGUCGGUAUCGGCGGCUUGGGACAUAUGGCCAUCCUCUUCGCUCGUGCAAUGGGCUGUGGAGUGACAGCGUUGUUUGCUUCUAAACGGCAGCCACCGGUACAGAAGAUCCAGGACGCUUUCAGACUUGGCGCUGACGAGGUACGAUGUAUCUCAGAAGGACACGAGAAGAUAUUCGCCCCAGAUGGGAGAGAAGUGGCUGGUGGUGUUUCCGAGGGAACGAGUCCAAUCGAUAUACUGCUCGUCACUUCGAACGGUCUUCCGGAUUGGGACAAAGUAUUGCCAUUACUAAACAGAAUGGCUAAGAUCGUCCUCAUGUCCAUUCAGAUGGAGCCUCUCAGUAUUCCAUACAUGCCUUUCAUCCUGCCUGGACACCAGAUUAUUUCGUCGACCGAAGCAUCAAAGAGAAACCAUCAAGAAAUGUUAUCGUUCGCAGCUCGCAACCAGAUCAGACCUUGGGUAGAAGUGUUCCCCAUGAAUGAGACGGGUCUAAAAGAAGCCUUUGACCGCCUUGAGACCGAGGUCGAUGAUCGUUCAGCUUCCCCCCAUGGCGCCUCACACCGAGGCGCCUUCAUCUAUUGUCGCGAGUUGGGGAGGACUGUGACCCUUGGGUCAGCCAAGAAGCUGGGCGCAAUCAACAAGCUGUUCCUUUGGCUUCGGGACCCUCUUAUGAAUCUGUGGUGA